CAUAUGGCUGGACAAGAUGGCGGCCCCCACGGGAAGGGCGUGCGCGGCGCUGCGAGGGGCUUCCGCGCUGUGAAACGGCUGCUGUCCCUUCUGCGGCUGCUCAUCGGGACAAGGCGGAGGAGAAACUUCUCGUUUUGGGUAAAGCCCACGCAGACCCCUUUGGCAAGCAUUCACAGCUGCUCGGCAUGAACUGAAGAAACUGAGUGCUUGCCUUAUAUCUGACCACGCCUGCUCAGUAAGCUAAAAUGGCAGGAGACAGUCUCGAUCCUACCUUGGAAAGAGGGAGUAACAUUGCAAGAGACCGGGCUGAAAUUUUGAAAGAGAGGUUUGCGCAGCUUCCACCAGCUGAUCGGAAUUCAUUUUACAGUGGAAUCCUCAUCCUUGCAGCGAAUGCAGGCGUGUGCGGCUUAAUCGCAAAUACCUUAAUUGGGCGUGCACUGAAUAUAACCCAAGCUAGAGUUGCAUCUGCUCUGCCCAUGGCAGUCUUGCCAUUCCUCUCUACUGCGGCUGUUUACGAAGCUUCCAUUUCCCAGCCUUUAAUGGAAGGCAAACUAAAUUGUGCAACUUGUGCUGUCGUCAGAGGUGGAUUAAUUGGAGGCAUUAUGGGUUGUCUAUAUCCUGCACUUAUAGCUAUACCACUCAAUGCAAGUCUUGCGUCAAGAUAUUCCACAGCUCCUCUGCCAAGUAAGGAGAACAUGUUGCGGUAUUGGAUGAGAGUUUGCAAACCAGUUUACAAGCGACUGAGAUUUGCUGCAAUCAUGCAAAUCGCUGUGGGCACCUACUUGAGCUCAAAGCAUUAUGAGAUGUAUAUUAAAAUGCUUCAGUUGCCUGAACCUGGAAGAAACCCUGAAGAAAUUGGUGAUUAAACUAGAAUUUUUUCACCUGC